UGAUACCAAAAUUUUAGUUCAACAAAGCAAACAAGCAAUAUUUUGAAACAAAUUACAAAUUAUCCAGUAGAAUUCUCAAUAAUGGAGCCUAAAACAGAAAAUAGUGCAUCCCUACCUUGUGACAAGCUUCCAAAAUAUAGACAAAGUGUUAUGACAUUAUGCAUAAAUCUAGAUCCUGCAUCGAAAAAACCGCAUGAAGAGCAAACAACAAUUUUGUGUUAUAGAGCACCUUGCAUCGAACCAUGUCUUUCGCCUUGUUUGCCGGUGCCAUGCUGUUCGGUGGAUUGCCAAUGUAGCUGCAAUCCACCGAUGAUGGAUGAAGAGAUGAUGGUUUGUCCUGAGAGAGCGGAUAAGGAAAAUUACAUUAUUCCUCAACCUUGUUGUCCUCCAUGUGGGCCAUGUCCUUCUUGCCCUUCCUGUCCUCCAGGCUGCCCUCCUCCUCCAUGCUGCCCGCCUCCAUGCUGCCCUCCUCCGUCGUGUUGCUCGCCAUGCUGUGGGCCUAUUCCUUGUAUGCCAGUUGGAUGCUGUCCUGGUGGACCAUGCGGACCAUGCGGACCUUGUGGACCAUGCGGACCAUGCGGACCAUGCCCACCUAAAUGUCCUUCUUGUCCUUCUUGCCCUCCACCAUGUAGCCCUCCUCCAUGUUGCCCAAGAUUUUCGAAAAUGUAGUAAAGGAGAUGUUAAAUUAUGCUAUGUUUCAAGAACUAGAACUUUGUAUGGUUAUGAAUAUACCAGCAAAAAAACAUUCAUAAAAUAACUUUAUACAUAAUUUAAAAUCCUCUAGCUAGUACCUAAAUGCUUAAUUGUAUUUUUUAAUAGUUUAAACCUACUAUGUUUCGUCAAAAUUUUGUGCAAAUUAUACAGAUGGUUCUUAGAUUUUUUAAUAAAAUUAUUUGAAAGUAACGACUUUGAAAUAUUUGAUAACAAAGUUAAAGUUGAUGACUAUUAAAAGGAUUAUAUUCAAAUGCUAA